GUGAAAGUUGAGAUUUGUCCAGGCGCGGAUCUGCCGUAUUACUUUCUUCACAAAAUAUUUCCCAAUCUCCCUCUCUCAAACACAGACAAGUUACAAAAUUGCUGAAAAAUAAGUGUUAAUUACUGUUAUGUUCAAAGACUACUGCUUUGUAUUUAGUUUAAACAAUUAAUAACAUGGAAGCUCAAAUUAUUGAAGAAGAUGAACUUCAUCAAUACAUACCGGAAGGUGUUGAAAUAUGCGUGACCACGACUGAACUUCCUUCUCAAGAGGAGAGUAUCCUAGGUCUGGACGAACGAGAAGAAGAAGUGGAGACGACGACGGCAGAGGCGUUAUCACCAGAAGAAGAUAACCAAGUCCCCAGUACGUACGAAUGUGACAAGUGCGGCCUCGUAUUAUCUAUAAAAUCCACUUAUGACCUUCACAUGGAACAAAUUCACGUAGACGAAGCCUACUAUGCGUGCGAAUUUUGUCCAGCGACUGCCAUUCAUUGGGCUGAAUAUUAUAUACACCAGUGUACUAAUAUGGAUAACAAACCUCUAAGUUGUCCUCAUUGCCAUAAGACUGUAUCCACAAAGAAACAGUUGUCUGUUCAUGAAGAAAUCCAUGCACUUCAGCGCAGAUUUACCACAAAAAAACUGGACAACUAUUUUAUCCGGAAACUGGAGGAAGCGGAAGACCCUUCAGUCGACUGGGGACGACUCCCAUUUACGUGCGGUGUGUGUGGCAAGUUGUUUGCAAAAUUAUAUGAAGUUGAGUAUCAUGAAAAACUUCACAAUGAGGAGAGGCCUCCACCGAACAAGUGCGACAAAUGUGGACUGUCUUACCUUAAUAAAAAUGAUCUUAAUAAACAUGUCGCGAGAGGAUGUUCUCACGAAAUAUCCCGAAAGAUGAUACAUAAGCCGACCAUUAUAUAGAAAAAGUAGGCUGUAUUGUUGAUUGAUAUUGUUCAACGAGUACUUUACAUGUAAUGUACAUCAAUUAAUUUCUAAUCUUAUCCAACAUUUUCAAAAUCUGAUUUUGCAUAUGUAUAUAUAUAUAUAGAUAAAGAGAUUUGUGAAUACUACGUAAACAUUUUAUUCAAAGAAAA